UAAGUUGUUGGGCUGUUGGAGAAUUCGCGACGAUGGCGACGACGGCUCGCUGCUGGAGAGGGACGCAGUGAAGCUGGCCUCGGCUCGGAUAUGACUAAUGUUUAUUCGAUCGAGGCGUGUUUGCUGCUCAGUAAUUGCACGGGCUUCGGAUGAGUCUUCGGCUUCCAACUUCGCUUCGCUCCGUUCCCUGAUUUCCAUGUCUUACUUGUGAGAGUUUCCAAACAGGAUCAUUAGGACUGCUCAUCGGCCGUUACUGAUUGUCUGUGACUGGUCCAGGCCGGAGUUCCUCGUUGGUUGACCCACACUCCUUCACAGGGGCCAUGGAGGAGGACGGGCAGCAGAGCUUGGAGUGUAUCCAGGCCAAUCAGAUCUUCCCCAAGAAGUCCCCCGUCUUAGAGGAGGAAAACAUGCAGGUGCCCUUUCCUGAGCUGCACGGGGAGUCCACAGAGUAUGUGGGGAGAGCAGAGGAUGCCAUCAUCGCAACGUCCAACUACCGCCUCCACAUCAAGUUCAAAGAGUCUGUCGUCAACGUUCCUCUUCAGCUCAUAGAGUGUGCCGAGUGUCGGGACAUGUUCCAGCUUCAUGUCACCUGUAAGGAUUGCAAAGUCAUCAGGUGUCAGUUCUCCACCUUUGAGCAGUGUCAGGAGUGGCUCAAACGGCUGAACACAGUAGCGCGCCCUCCCUCUCGGCUGGAGGACCUCUUCUCAUUCGCCUUCCACGCCCACUGCAUGAAUGUGUACGCUGGUGAGAAGGAGCAGCACGGCGAGCUGUGCAGACCAGGUACCCUACCGCCCCUCACACGUUCUCAGGUUUCCCCCAGCAGAACCUCCUCAUCCUCCUCUUCUCGUGGCUUAUCGGACAUCUCUGCUCUGUCUGCAGGCGAACACGUGACCUCCUGGUUCAAGAACGAGGUGGAGAGGAUGGGCUUUGACACUCAAAACGCCUGGAGGAUAUCCGACAUCAACAGCAAGUUCAGGCUUUGCCCCAGCUAUCCUCAGCAGCUCCUGGUGCCAGCGUGGAUCACUGACAAGGAGCUGGAAAAUGUGGCGGCCUUCCGCUCCUGGAAGAGGUUCCCUGCCGUGGUUUAUAGGCACCAGACCACAGGGGCUGUGAUCGCCCGCUGUGGCCAGCCAGAGGUCAGCUGGUGGGGCUGGAGGAACGCCGACGAUGAGCACCUGGUCCAGUCCAUCGCCAAGGCCUGCGCCGUGGACAGCAGCUCCUGCAAACACCUUUCCAACGGCAACUACACCAACGGCUCUGACCUGCCUGAUACUGACUUUGAAUCUUCCAUGACCAACAGCUCUGAGGUGGAGACUUUGGCCAUCCAGCCCCACAAGUUACUGAUCCUGGAUGCCAGGUCCUACGCUGCUGCUGUAGCUAACAGGGCCAAAGGUGGAGGUUGUGAGUGUCCAGAGUACUAUCCCAACUGUGAGGUGGUGUUUAUGGGCAUGGCCAACAUCCACUCCAUCCGCAAGAGUUUCCAGUCCCUGCGUUUCCUCUGCACUCAGAUGCCUGAUCCAGCCAACUGGCUUUCUGCACUGGAGAGCACCAAGUGGCUGCAGCAUCUCUCCCUGCUGCUGAAGGCGGCGCUGCUGGUGGUAAACGCCGUCGACCGAGACCACAGGCCCGUCCUGGUGCACUGUUCAGACGGCUGGGACCGCACGCCUCAGAUCGUUGCUCUGUCCAAGCUGCUGCUGGACCCUUACUACCGCACAAUCGAGGGUUUCCAGGUUUUGGUGGAGACAGAGUGGCUGGACUUUGGCCAUAAAUUUGCAGACCGCUGCGGCCACGGAGAAAACUCUGAGGACGUGAACGAGCGCUGCCCCGUCUUCCUGCAGUGGCUGGACUGUGUUCACCAGCUGCAGCGACAGUUCCCCUGCUCCUUUGAGUUUAACGAGGCCUUCCUGGUGAAACUGGUGCAGCACACCUACUCCUGUCUGUUCGGCACUUUCCUAUGUAAUAGCGGCAAAGAGAGGGAGGACCGCCGCGUUCAGGAGAGGACCUGCUCGGUGUGGUCACUGCUGAGACCGGCCAACCGCACACUGAGGAACAUGCUGUACUCCUCACACUCCGAGACUGUUCUCCACCCGGUGUGUCACGUACGCAACCUGAUGCUGUGGACGGCGGUCUACCUGCCCAGCUCCUCCCCCACAACCCCCUCUGAUGACUCCUGUGCACCUUACCCUGUGCCCGGUGGCAAUCCUGAGGAUACGCCGCUGGCCAGGCGUACAAAGACUCGCUCUUUCGACAACUUGCCAAGUGCAUGUGAGCUGGGAAACUCUCUGGCUCCUAACCGGCGCUCCAGUGACCCGAGCCUCAAUGAGAAAUGGCAGGACCACCGCCGCUCUCUGGAGCUCAACAUGGCAGUGGGGCCCGAGGGAGGGGGGAACCAGGAUCAGGAGGUGCGACCCAACGGAGUAGGGCCUUACCCAGAUGGAGCGGACUCCGAGCUGGACGACAGCCCGCAGCCCCGGGGCUCAGAGGCUGAGCUCAGACAGAAGGCCUCUGUGAGCGCAGCUGAAACAGGAGACGAGACAGAGGAGGCAGAGCUGUCUGUGGCGGUGGGCGUGGCUGAGGGCCAGAUGGAGAACAUCCUUCAGGAAGCCACUAAGGAGGAGGCGGGAGCAGAUGUCCAGAGGGAGGGAAGUGCUGCCGUCACACAGGUCAUUAACACUGUCGACACAGAGGUGGAGAAAGAAGCACAGGUUGAGAAGGAUGAUCAGUGUGCUAAGGUCAACGGGACUGAGAUCCAAACAGAAGCUUUGGCUAAUGGUCACCAUCCAGAAAAUGGCGUAAUGGAGGCAGAGGAGGAUGGUGAGUCUCCCCCUCUGCCCACACAGAAGGCAGAGGAGCUGGAUCAACAGGCUGCUGAGGUGACUCAGACACCAGACGAUCUGGUGAAGCAGGAUGUUGAGAACUCUUCUGUAGAGGAGCUUGCACACGGACCCAAUGAGUCCAGCUCAAAUGAGCCUGAGCAGCCUGCAGCCCAUAGAACUAUGACUAACGGCUUUUUGGAUAGUUCACCUGAAGAGCCAGGUGUGGAGGAGGAGAUCUGCCCUGACUCUGAACCUGAGCAUGGUGUCUUGGAGCUGGGGGAGCGGUUGGAUAAGAGGACCUCCCUGAUGGAAAGCUCCACAGAGACUUUAACUGAAGAGGCCUGCACCAGGUUGGAGCUAACAGCACAUCCUGUUUGCCCGAGUCGUCAGCCCUGCAGUGACGGCAGGAGCCAUCCGCCCUGCUCCAGGAAAGAGAAAGGACUGGAGACGGGCGAGCAUGGCUUUAUCAGAACUUUAAACGGGGGCAGCAAGCGGCCCUCUGUCAGUGCCUUUCAGUCUAUGAGUGCUGACCUCAACAGGGACGGUGUUUAUAAUGGCGACAGCUUCGAGGUGGAGCCCUGUGGAGGGCCUCACUGGGCCAAAGGGAACGGGGAGAAGGCCCCUCUCAGUCGACAGGUAUCUUUAGCGAGCUGCAACUCCCUGAUCCUCCAUCCACGCGGCAGCUGCUCCCAGCACCGCUGGUGCCACGCCUCGCUAGGCCGGGCCGCCAUCAGCCCGGAGCAGCCGUCACGCAGUCAUCUGGACGACGACGGGCUGACGCUACACACGGACGCCAUCCAGCAGCGGCUGAGGCAGAUUGAGGCGGGUCACCAGAUGGAGGUGGAGACCCUGAAGAAGCAGGUGCAGGAGCUGUGGAGCCGCCUGGAGAAUCAGCACCACGCCGGCUCCCACAGGAUCAACGGAGACAUGGGAGAUGAAGUGACCUCAAUGACAGACUCUGAGUACAACCUGGAUCCCAACUGUUUGUCACGCUGCAGCACAGAGCUCUUCUCCGAGGCCAGCUGGGAGCAGGUGGACAAGCAGGACACUGAGGUGACUCGCUGGUACCCAGACCAUUUGGCAGCUCAGUGUUACGGCUGUGAGAGCAGGUUCUGGCUCGCCACCAGGAAGCAUCACUGCAGUGGCAGGGAGCCUGUCCAGGAGGUCUGGAACUGCGGUAACGUGUUCUGUGCCAGCUGCUGUGACCAGAAGAUCCCAGUGCCAAGCCAGCAGCUGUUCGAGCCCAGCCGCGUCUGUAAGACCUGCUACGGCAGCCUGCAGCUCAGCCCGGCUCCCCUGGACCUGGAGCUGGACAAACCCAUCACGGCCAGCUCCAACUGAGUGUCACUGGACCGGGGGACAGGAGGGGAGGCGGACUGUAGCCGCCGGCCGCCGACACAGGCGAACCGCUGAGGAAGAGCACAGGAGCUACGCAGAAUGUCCCAUGUACUUUGUGUGUGUGUGUGUGUGGUGCAGACUUGAACGUGUACAUACAGAGGAUGGCGUAGCGGAGGAGCUGAAUGACGUGUUGGCGCGAUUGCCCAACGCUCAGAACGAUGGGUGUGCACAGGGGUGGGUGGGUGCUGUGUGUGUGUGAGUGAGUGCGAGAGGAAAACACACACGUUCCACACGGAGGGUUUGUGGCAGUGACGAGGCUGCACUCCGAGGCCGGAGGAGCGAGAAUGGACAAUCCUGGUGCCUUUGGACCAGGCAGGCGGAGGAGGUUGUCUCACUGUGUUGCUGAAGUCUCCUGAAUCAUUUCCCCCUCCCGCCCUGCUCGCCCACGCUUCAUCUCCCAGCGUGGACUUCAGGAGCAAUGUGGAAAAAUCUCCUGGUAAUCACGAGGCACUCCCUCAGCUUUGGAAAAAGUCUGGAUCGCUGAUACUCACGGUGUUGUUGAGGAUAAAGUUUGAAUGUUCAGUUCACCCAGAUUACAAACAAGUAAUGCAACAAUUCAGCUGCUGUGGCUCAGAGACAAAAUAUUCCUCUGAAUAACACGUGACAAAGAACAGCAGCCAUUUUAUUUACAUUUGAGACACUAAAUUAGCUUUUUGGCAUUUUUUUUUUCCUGCUUGAAUUGAUUACAUAAUUUUCCGCAACAUGACCAAGACAUUUUGAAAUAAUUGUUGUUCGUGCCUCACAGCUCUGAGGCUGUUCUCAGUGAUUAGAUGUUGCACUUCUGUAAAGUUUGAAACAGGAAUGGUCGAAUUGUUGCGCGAGAGGCCAAUACAUCGUGACUGUCAGUGAGUCAAGCUGGAACAGCUUGUUGUCAUGAGUCUCUGGUCUCCAUACUCAAGGGAGAGAUGACCCUUCGACCCGUGACAUCACUAUGACAUCAUCGGGGUUGUUUUUCAGACUUGAUAAAUCUCCUCCAGAGCCACAGCAUCAUACAGCAUUACCACAGGCUCACUGCUCUGGGUAAUCCACAGUGUUGUAAUUUGGGUGAACUGUCCCUUUAAAGGUGCACUAAGUAGUUUUGGGGAAGAAAUUUGAAUCAGCAGAGAAAAAUCUUCAUGGACUCAAUAAACAAACUCUCUCUUCAUUUCAACGACUGAGUGAAGUGAGUAAACGAACCGACCUUAAAGGACAAAACAAUCUCGCUCUGUUUGUUUAUGUGUGGCGGACCCUGCCACCCUUCCAGCUUCAAACACAGUUUUCCUCUGAGAACAGCUUGUUAACUCAGUUAUGAUUUCAUAAUAUUUCAAAACUACGUAGUGCCCCUUUAACAAACUCUGGGCUGAGUCUCAACUUUUUGCAGCGGUUUUUAAAUCAGCUUUUCACACAGAACGGCGUAAAUGUGUGCCCGUUAAAUAAAGAGUAUAUAAAUCUAAUUGACAUCAGAAUAGAAAAUAUAGGGAAAAAACCCACAAUUAAUCGGUCGUGAAUCUUUAGUUUGUUGUCUAACGUGUGUUGAGAUUCGGCCCAGAGCUCCGACAGGAUGCUGUCGUCCUGGAAGUUACUGGAUGACAAAAAGAAACUGCUGUUGGGAUUGUUUUUGAAUUCUUACCUUGAGCGGGAGGCGAGUGAAUAAUUGUCACCCCCGUGAGUCUCACCUCAGAAUUAGCCUUCGAUCUUCUGAGAAUCUAAAGCGAGCGCUGAUGGCCGCUCCGCUCUUUGUUCCCCCCCGAUAGACUGUUACUGCUGCUGGGAGCGUAAACUGAUGUGUUGUGGCGUUUUGUCAGUUUGUGUCAGACAAAGCUGCAGGUUGUUUGUGUCCGACACGCUCCGACUGACUGGCUGACUGUGUAAUCUCCUGUUAGCUGUACCUUCAUGCCCUUCACUCACAGCAGCCCCCCCCCUUAUUGUUUUUACCCAGCAGGCACUGGGAGCUGGACGCCUCGUUCCCUUUUUUCGGUGCUUCGGUGGAAAUCACAAAGUGGAGAAUUUGUCACGUUUGAACCCUAAACAUGUUUUUUCUUAUUAUUUUUUUCCUCUUUGAGGCGCUAGUCGAUCACGACCUCACUUGUGAUCUCCGCUUUGAUUGGCUGAAUCCCCCGAGGCGAGUGGCAGAAAGGGCUCUGGGCGUUUUUUGUUUUUUUGUUGUAACUCCAAACGUGACGUUACUGUCAGAGAAGCUUCACUGAGACGCCCACUCUGCCAAACACCCAUUCAAUGACCUCCUCGCACACACACACAUUUCUUUUUGUAAGAUAAAUGAAUAAAAUAAUAUAUUCAGAUAUAUAGCAUUUAAGAAAAAAAAUGUAUAGAAUCCUUGAAUAGUGGCUCACUUAAUUAGUCACCAAAAAGUUUUUUGUUUUUUUUAAAUUUCUUUGUUUUCUUGUUAUUAAUUGUAGAAAGGAAACGUAUAUUUUGAGGCCUGUUGAGGACGACAGGUGUUUUAUUUUGUUGGGUUUUUUUUAAAUAGAGAAGCAGGGUUUCCUGUUUUGAUGCUGCAGUGGGUUUUUGUUUUUGUUUUUGUUUUUCCCUUUUCAAUGCGAUCAUUGACUUUGAUUUAAUUUAUUGAGGUUUUGUUGUUGAAUUGCUGUUUUGAGAUCCAGACAAUUCAAUAAUUGCCACAGGAUAAUCAGUGUUUUACGAGAUGGGACGCCAGAGAUUACUUCUGAUCUGCGGCUGCGGCGACGCUCUUCAUUUCUGCGACCAUUUCUGGAUUAUGCGGCGGGUGAAGGGUGAAGUCGUGUAGCACCCUGCGACCCCCGACGAUCAUCACGUCAAACUGGGGAGAAGAAAAAAACAAACAAAAAACGAGCGCGUCCGUAGCCAACGAGAUGUCUAUGCACUGAGAGAAAACAGUGGUCCAAAUCAAACAGCCUGAAUCCAAAAUAACAAACCCCUGAGAUCACACACACACACACACACACACACACUCCAUUCAAACCCAUCUACAAACA